UUGAGUGCACUGGAAACAGACGCCUUAAAGGGAACUUUAAACUGUGAUAUUCGUAUUGUAAACUGUUGUUUUUCUGUUUAGUGUCGCUUAAACUGGAUUAUACUUGGAUAUAAUGGAAUAUACUUGUGAGGAAUACGGCGAUAUGAUCCUUCAAUAUGGAAUAAAUGAAUGCAACGCGGAGGAAGCGGCUCGGAAGUAAGCGGAGUGCUUCCCAAGCCGUUCGGCGACAUCCCUCAGCUGCGGUGAUCCGGGGUGCGGUGAUGCGCAUACAGUCCACCGGAAAUGCUAUGUCCAAUCACCAAGGAACAGGUGCACCGCGUCAGAGACGGACCCCCCCAAGUGAGGAGCGUGUUUUGGACGCGUUUCGCGAAGAUCCGACGGCGAGCGUGUGGUCGGUGGCGCGCUCGCCAGGAUUAUCGCGAGGCACGAUCCAUAGGAUUUUAAAAGUUGAGAAGUGGCACGCGUAUCACUAUAGGAGUGUACAAGAGCUUCAGCCAUCUGAUUACGCUAUCAGGCGUAAUUUUUGUGAGUGGGUGCUCCAGAAACACGAGGAAGAUUCGACUUUCAUCGGAAACAUUAUGUUUACCGAUGAAUCGUCUUUCGGACGCUCUGGAUGCUGGAAUACACACAAUUUUCACGUGUGGGCUUCAGAGAAUCCGUACGCUCCGAUACCUGUGAGGCAUCAGCGACGAUUCUCUCUGAAUCUUUGGGCAGGAAUAAUUAAUGAUAAACUGAUAGGACCUUUCCAGUUGGGGGGAACGUUGACAGCCGAGAAAUACCAUGGAUUUCUCAGGCGCAACCUCAAACCCCUCCUUCGCAUCAGCGGACUGCUCGAAGAGGACCUGACGAGGAUCCGGCUGCAGCACGACGGGGCUCCUGCACAUGCAGCCGGCAUCGUUCGUCAUCAACUCGACGGUAUGUUUCCGGAGCGCUGGAUCGAACGAGAAGGACCCCGUCACUGGCCGGCACGUUCCCCAGACCUGACGCCAUUGGAUUUCUUCCUCUGGGGACACGUGAAGUCGGUCGUCUACAGGACACCCAUCGAGACACUGCAAGAGCUUCACCUGCGGAUCGACACUGCCAUGCGUUCCAUCACCCCGUAAAUGCUGGUGAACUGUCGAGGCAGCCUCUUGCAGCGUGCGAGGUGCUGCAUUCAGGCGAAUGGCGGUCACUUCGACAACCUUCUUCAUCCAGAUGCUAGGUCCAGCGCUGCCUGUCUGCGCCCCUGUGUGUUUCUGUACAAGACGACGACCGGCCGGUCAAAUUGUAAAACAACUUCAAUAUAAAAGUAAGUAAACA